ACUCAGCAUUCAACACAGCUCGUUGUCAGUAUAAAAGCAAAUGUCGAAGUGAAUUGUCGCGUGACCAAGAAUCUCGAUAUUUGUAGCAGGUAAACUCGAGGCGAGUUGCUUCAGUUACCUGUCACUUUGCAAACUUAUCGCAAUUUAACUCCUUAUACUUACACUAUACCGGUUUUUCCGCUGUCGAUCCGCUGCAUAAAGCUGUUGCAUAAAACUUUAUGUAAUUUUGUAUACGUUCUGAAAAAUGGCAUCGCUAUCGUCGAUCAUGUUGAGCAAAGAUGUCCCUGAUAUCGAAAAUAUACUGAGCAUCAAUCCAAAGUCCAAAUAUCAUACAAAUAUCCUGCCGUCGGCGUUGACCAAGCAGAACAAGCAGCACUGGAAAAGAAACAUUCACGAGAAAUGUGAUAGUUGCGUGUCUUUGACAAAGAAUUUCGACGAUAUCAAGCAUACUACUUUGAGCGAGCGCGGAGCAUUGAGGGAAGCUGCGCGUUGUUUGAAGUGCGCUGAUGCACCUUGUCAAAAAUCUUGCCCUACGCAAUUAGAUAUCAAGUCUUUCAUUACUUCCAUCUCCAACAAGAAUUACUAUGGUGCGGCCAAAGCAAUCCUGUCGGACAAUCCUCUUGGACUUACCUGCGGCAUGGUUUGCCCGACAAGCGACCUUUGCGUGGGCGGAUGCAACCUUUAUGCAACCGAGGAAGGACCCAUCAACAUCGGCGGUCUUCAACAAUUUGCAAUGGAUGUUUUCAAGCAGAUGAAUAUUCCUCAAAUUAGAAUACCUGAUCAAACAGUACCUCAUGCAAACACGAAGAUCGCCCUGCUCGGAUGUGGACCAGCUUCUCUCUCAUGCGCGACGUUUCUCGCCCGAUUCGGUUAUGACGAUAUUACGAUCUUUGAGAAAGAAAAGUAUAUGGGCGGAUUAAGUUCCUCCGAAAUACCGCAAUAUAGACUUCCGUAUGACGUUGUCAAUUUCGAAGUGGAUCUCGUUAGGGAUCUAGGAGUAAAGAUCGAAUUAGGAAGAUCGCUAUCCGAAGAUGAUUUGACGAUACAAACUCUUCAAGAUGCCGGAUAUAAAGCAAUUUUUUUAGGAAUCGGAUUACCUGAACCGAAGAAUAUACCGAUCUUCGAAAAUCUCACGCUGGAAAUGGGCUUUUUCACCUCGAAGAGCUUCCUGCCCACCGUCGCGAAAGGUAGCAAGCCGGGAAUGUGCGCUUGCAAGAGCAACCAGGAACUUCCGUCUCUUCACGGCAACGUAAUUGUCCUCGGUGCGGGAGAUACCGCUUUCGAUUGCGCCACUUCCGCUCUCCGGUGUGGAGCCCGAAAGGUCUUUGUCGUCUUUCGGAAAGGCUUCACCAAUGUACGAGCUGUUCCAGAGGAGAUGGAUCUGGCAAAGGAAGAGAAGUGCGAAUUUAUACCUUUCCAAUCGCCAAAACGAAUCAUUCUUCGCAAUGGAAGAAUUUUUGCAAUCGAAUUUUGCAGAACCGAACAAAACGAGAAAGGCGAAUGGAUAGAAGAUGAAGAACAAAAGUUCGUAUUAAAAGCGGAAUUUGUGAUUUCGGCUUUUGGAUCAGGAUUAUACAAUCCUGCUGUGAAGAAUGCCAUGGCGCCAAUUAAGAUGAAUAGCUGGAAUUUGCCGGAAGUUGAUGAGAACACGAUGAUGACUUCGGUAUCAGGUGUAUUCUGUGGAGGAGAUCUUGCUGGUGUCGCUCAAACGACCGUGGAAUCCGUGAACGACGGAAAGACAGCCGCUUGGUAUAUUCACAAAUACAUACAGGAAUCUUACGGCCUGACAGUGCCGGAAACUCCGCAAUUACCGAAAUUUCAUACCGCUAUCGAUGACGUUGAUUUAAGCGUUGAAAUGUGUGGGCUAAAAUUCGAGAAUCCUUUUGGUCUGGCUUCCGCGCCACCUUGCACCACCAGCGCGAUGAUCCGACGUGCUUUCGAAGCGGGUUGGGCCUUCGCUGUCACGAAAACCUUCUCCUUGGAUAAAGAUCUCGUCACCAACGUGUCUCCGCGCAUCAUCAAAGGUACAACCUCCCGUCAUCAUUAUGGACCCGAGCAGGGUAGCUUCUUGAAUAUCGAACUGAUAUCCGAGAAAACCGCCGAUUACUGGUGCCGCAGUAUCACGGAACUGAAACAAGAUUUUCCUUCAAAGAUCGUUAUCGCGAGCAUUAUGUGCACGUAUAACAGAGCCGAUUGGACGGAACUGGCGAGAAAAGCGGAAGCAGCAGGUUCUGACGGCUUGGAAUUAAAUCUAUCAUGUCCUCAUGGUAUGGGCGAGUCUGGUAUGGGCCUGGCCUGUGGACAGGAUCCUGAAUUAGUUAGAAACAUCUCCAGAUGGGUUCGCGAAGCCGUCAAAAUACCGUUCUUUAUAAAAUUGACACCCAACAUCACCGAUAUUCUUUCCAUCGCCAAGGCAGCUUAUGAGGGUAAAGCCGAUGGCGUUACCGCCAUUAAUACGGUAUCAGGAUUAAUGGGACUUCAUGCUGAUGCGACCCCAUGGCCAGCGGUAGGUCUUAAUAAGUCCACAACGUACGGCGGGGUGUCGGGAAACGCUACCAGGCCCCAAGCUCUGAGGGCUAUCUCGACGAUCUCGAAGCAUCUUCCAGGUUUUCCAAUACUUGGCGCCGGGGGUGUCGACUCAGCCGAUGUCGCUUUGCAGUUUUUGCAUUGCGGUGCAUCGGUCAUUCAGAUUUGUAGUGCCAUUCAGAAUCAAGACUUCACUGUGAUAUAUGACUACGUGACCGGCUUAAAAGCGUUAUUAUAUUUGAAGAGUCUGCCACAGAUGAAGGACUGGGACGGUCAGAGCCCACUGACAUUAAAACAUCAAAAAGGCAAGCCUGUUUCCUUGCAACAUGCUCUUGGUAAAAAUAUACCAUAUUUUGGCGUAUACCAAAAACUGCGCGAACAAAAGAUAGCCGAGUUGAAAGCUAAUUCGAAUCCUUUGGAUGAAGUCGUGACGGUAACAAGACCCACUCCAAAACCAAUUACGCCGGUACCUACUGUCAAAGACAUAAUCGGCAAAGCGUUAGUACACAUUGGUAGCUACAGAGAAUUGGAUAACAAGAAGCAAGUAAUUGCUUUGAUUGACGAUGAUAUGUGCAUAAAUUGCGGCAAAUGUUACAUGGCUUGCGCAGAUUCCGGAUAUCAAGCGAUCAUCUUUGAUCCUGACACCCACAUCCCCAAAGUAACGGACGACUGCACCGGAUGUACACUUUGUCUAUCCGUGUGUCCGAUUAUCGAUUGCAUCACUAUGGUUCCAAAAACGAUUCCGCAUGUAAUUAAAAGAGGCAUACCGCCAAAAAAUACAGCCGAAAUUUGUUAAGCGAUAAUCCAUCCAAUAUUAUUACCGAACGAUUUUUAUAUUAACAUAAUUUUUUCACGUACAAGCUCUUGAUUAUUAAAUAAUUGUUAACAUCAACAUGUAAUAAAAUUAUAAUAUAUUGUAUAAUAAUAGAAUAAAUGAUAUUUAGCAAUCGUGUAAUG